GAAUUGCGUGAACAACAACAUCCUGCGAGUUGCGCGUAUAAGCAUAAUGUUAAUGAUGGGAAGAUAGCAACAGGAUUCGGAUUCGAUUAAUAGUUUCUUUCUGGCUAAUCCGGUCUGCGAUCUGCCAGGGCCCAAUGGCAAUGCAAUCAUGAUAUUCUCCAGACUCUUCCCAAGACCUUCGAUAAACCCUAAGCUACACAUAAUAAGAAGAUUCUCCCUCCAGCGACGCCUAUUAAACUCCGCGUCCCCCGAUCGAGCACCCGAACCAUCUUCCAGUCUUCGGGCGCGCUUACAAAAAUUCAACGAUAGACUCCCACGCUUCCUCCGCGGCUACACAACCCCUCUCAUCGGCGCACCCACUACACAUAUAACAUCCUUUCUCGUUCUCCACGAGAUCACCGCCGUUCUCCCUUUAUUCGGUCUAUUCGGUUUCUUCCACUAUUCCGGUUGGACUCCCUUACUGUCCGCCGGUGAUAAUGAUACCCUUAAUGAAGCCGUACAGCGAUUCGGGAAGUGGAUGACUAAGAAAGGAUGGGUAGGUAGUGAGGAUGUAGAAGCUGCAAAGAAUGUUUCUUCAUGUACACCUUCGGCGGAUGAUCAAGUCCUGACCCAGCAGAAAGGGGCGCAAUUGGUUCUUCAGUUUGCCGCAGCAUAUGUUACUACGAAGGCAUUGUUGCCUUUGAGGAUUGUUGCGAGUGUCUGGGCAACACCGUGGUUUGCGCGAGUCUUGCUUGGGCCUAUUGGGAGAGGCAUAAAAGGCAUUUUCCAAAGGACAUGAUCUCGGUUCUAUUGAAUGUACAAAACCAUUACACCAUAAGAUCUUGGACAUACGACGUAGUCAUAUAUUGAAAAGAUCUCUAUUCGCAUGGCUUAUUUUUGAUAUCUUUUAUUUCUCUAUCGUCUAGUCAGGAGGCAUUGACAACAGACAUUUAAGCCUUCUCGUAGAUCCAGUCGAACUGGCUGUGCUUGUAGUUGAUGACCUCACCCUCCUUGAACCAGAGAGCAAUUUCCUUCUUGGCGUUCUCGACGCUGUCGGAACCGUGGCAGACGUUGCGGCCGACGUC